AUGCCUCCCUCUCAUGAGACCAGCGAGGUUGCUGGCAUUGCCCGCGAGGAUGAGCCGCCUCCCGCAAAGCGACAGAAAGUGACGGCUGCUUGUGACGAGUGUAGAGCCAAGAAGAUCAAGUGCGACAGCAGACGAGAAGUCUGUGGCCCUUGUCAACGGACCGGUAGUUCCUGUCACUGGGGCAUUCGAAAGAAGCGCAGUGCUGGUGUUUCCAAGCAAGAGCUUUCUCGUCUCAAGAUCAGAGUGGAAGAACUCGAGACUGCUGCAGCGAAGUCUGCUGGGGUUGAAAAUGCCCAGGCCUUUCCUCCUACGUCCCCGGCUGGGCCUCCUGAGUCGUCAUUGGCAGGAGAAGAUGCAGCAGAAACGCCAGCCAUGAUGGGUCUUGCAGCAGAUGGCGCCAGUCCGCUAGGUCCUCGUCAACAAGUCCAUAACGGAUACUCCAACUUCAGGACCGUCAGCUUUGUCAACCAACUCCUUACCGCGAUCGAUGGAUCAUCCACUCCUGUGAAGCCAAGGUCUGCCCCACUGAGCCGUAGUCGAAGCAGCAGUGUAUGGACCAAAGAGCCGAAAGAAGGACCCCGGGACCAUAUCUUGCCUAAUCGUUCUCGGGCAGACCACCUACUGGCAGUGUACUGGCGACUUGUCCACACGCUGUACCCGUUCCUGGACGCCGACGAGAUCGAGUCACGGUACCGUAAAGUAUGGACUGGAGAAGACUCUGGAGCCGACUCAACGACUUUCCUCUGUUUGUUGAAUAUCAUCUUCAGCCUGGGAUGCCAUUUCGACUCCACCACGGCACCAGAGACCAGGAGUGAGAAUGCUGCAGUCUUCUUUGGCCGGGCGCAGGAGCUGCUCAGCUUGCAGUCGCUUCGCUAUCCAUCGUUGCUAACCGUUCAAUGUUAUCUGCUAAUGGGCCAAUUCCUUCAAAGUUCGAACGAUCCACAGCUAUGCUGGAUUGUUGUUGGUAUAGCGAUCCGUUUGGCUCAGAGCUUGGGUCUUGAUCUUGAGAGAGCAAACGCACGGGACUGCAAGUCCCAGGUUGCCCGCUGUGUCUGGCACGGCUGUGUGAUGAUGGACAGAACGCUGUCUACGGUCUUUGGGCGGCCGUCAAUCAUAACUCCGCGCGAGGCUGCAUCAGUCCCUUUACCUGAGGCGCACGACAGAGGCAUUGCUUGCAACUGCACCACGAUGCCUUGUUCUAAAGAAGAGGGCCAGUCAGCGAUGCACUUCUUUAUCGAAUCACUGAAGCUGUUCGAGCUCACAAGCAAGCCUCUUGAAGCCUUUCACGAUCAAGCAGCGCCUCGCGAGAAGACGUCAAUCAAUAUGACCCCAUGGCCGCCGGCAUGUAUAGAGCCCAAAGUCCUUGCUGCAGUGCUCGAUGUGGAUAAGGCCACGUGGAGUUGGGUCAAUGGUCUGCCUCUCCAUCUUCGGCGAGACAGCACCGUCGUCAGAUCCGCCGUCCAUGUCCGCCAGACCAAUAUACUGUUCUUGAGGCAUCGACUCUUCCGAAUCCUCUUGUUCCGUCCAAUUCUUGCCCGCACCUGCCACGCCUUACAAGAUGGCCAAGCCCCCGAGAGCCUGGAAGAUGGAUUGGCGCUUGAAAUCACGCUGCAAUGUGCCGUCAGCUGUGUCCGAAGCGCCCUCGAGGUCAUAAGCUUCUUCGACGAGUCCAUCGCCGCGCAUGAUUUUGCCGAGCUGGACGAAGUGCUUUCUUCCUGGUGGUACAAUAUCUUCUACUUGUACACGGCCGCCACUGUACUUGUUGCGGGACGGCUUCAUCCCUCGAUCGAGACGCACUUGUCGAGGACCGUCGUUGAUCAGGCGCUUCGGAAUUCGAUGCGGCUUCUGAAUCACUUCUCGGGUUUCAGCAGUCAUGCAGCUAAAGCAGCUCGCAUAGUGGCUUUGUUGCUUGAGAAGGCUACUCGGCAGCGCCAGCGUGGUUCAGGUGCUCCGUCAGGGGUGAAAUCGACUCAUUGCGAGGGAGAUGGCCAGCGAGCAGCAGGAUCAUCGUCUUCGACAACAGCCCACUUCGAGGCAACAGCUCGCGGGCUUCGACAUGUAAGAGGGGAAUCAGAUGAUACAGGCCUCGAAACGACGCGUGGAGUCCAAGGUCAGGUUGUUGGGAACGACAAUCCCGGAGAAGCGGGACCACAGAUCCUGGCUGACAGCUUUGGUGUUGGCUUUGAUCUAUGGCAAUUGGACGACGACUUUAGUAACAUGGCUUGGUUGACCGGCUUCCCAUCUGAGUUUGGCACCUGGUAG